AUGCCCUAUUUUCCUUUACCAGAUAAGGUCGGCGCAAGUUCGGAGCUUGCAUCCAGACAAUAUAUCUCCAUUUACUCUGGUAGCUAUCCAACCAGCUUUGAAUUUUUAAUCGUUCUAUGCAAAGUCAAACGUGUUCCACUACUCAACGGCAGGUGUACGUCAUACAGAAUGCCGAACGCUAAUGUCAGCGUCAGAGUGAUGUUACGUACUCAGCAGAUCCACCACAACUACUCUUGCUCUAAGGAUAGCACUGAAGUGCAUAUAUCCGUGACAGACUGUCAUGCGCACAACCAGACUUAG